GACCGCAGUUUCCUGCGCCUCUCCGUUUAUCUGCUCUGAACUAUUAGGAACGGAGGAGGCUGUCGGUUCCGCUCAUCAAAAAUGACCCUCCACACGUAAUCGCCGCAUGCUAAUGCCUUCAUCUAAGUGGACACCUGGGAAUCGGGACCAAAACAUUGCAUCGACCCUGCCAAAAGAGCGAUCAUAAUGCCUCAGUGCGCGUGUCCAGAGCCGCUGUCAGCUGUCCAGCUCAAGCGCCUGGAGGAACACAAGUACAGCGCGGCCGGUCGCUCUCUAUUCGAGCCGCCCUGCCAGAUAUACUGGAACUGGCUGGUCCAGCAGAUCCCGACGUGGGUCGCGCCGAACACGCUGACCAUCAUCGGACUCCUUGUUAACAUAUUAACGACGGUCAUUCUCGUGUAUUACGGUCCCACGGCCACGGAGGAGCCUCCAGGUUGGGCCUUCUUUCUCAGCGCCUUAGGUCUGUUUAUCUACCAAUCACUGGACGCCAUUGAUGGAAAGCAGGCCAGAAGGACCAAUAGCAGCUCAGCUCUUGGGGAACUCUUUGACCAUGGCUGCGACGCCGUUUCUACAGUGUUUGUUGCAGUGGGAACGUGUAUAUCCUGUGGGAUCGGGACUUACCCUAACUGGAUGUUUUUUUGUGGCUUCGUGGGCAUGUUCAUGUUUUUCUGCGCGCACUGGCAGACAUACGUGUCUGGGACACUCCGUUUCGGAUUGGUUGACGUGACAGAAGUCCAGAUUGCUAUUAUUAUUAUGUAUUUGAUGACAGCAUUUGGAGGAGUGAGUCUUUGGGAGACUAGGAUCCCUGUUCUUGGUGUGAAUCUGCAAACCUUUCCAAUUCUCGGCAUUAUCGGUGGGUUCCUGUAUUCAACCUAUAACUACUUCUACGUCAUCCUGAACGGUGGCGUAGGCAAGAAUGGCUCAACCGUUGCAGACACCAGUGUAUUGUCUCCCGGUCUACACAUUGGCCUCAUCCUCUCUCUGGCCUUCAUCAUCUUUAAAAAGUCCUCCAGUCAGCUUUUUGAGCACCAUCCUUGCCUUUAUAUACUUACAUUUGGCAUGGUGAUCGCCAAGAUCUCGAAUAAGCUGGUGGUGGCCCAUAUGACCAAGAGUGAGCUUCAUCUUCAUGACACAGCCUUCAUUGGUCCUGGACUCCUCUUUCUAAAUCAGUAUUUCAACAGCUACAUUGAUGAACACAUCGUGCUUUGGAUCGCCAUGGUGCUGUCCCUGGUGGAUCUGCUGCGUUACUGCACAGGCCUGUGCCUGCAAAUCGCCUCCCAUCUGCGAAUCCGGGUUUUCAGUAUCACCCCACAGGGCCACGCGCAUAAAGACUGACAAUUUGCCCGGCGGGAGGAGGAAGCGGGAUCUAAAGAUGAAGACAUUGUCCCGCUUCUCAAACUAGAGCAGGAGAGCCCCACCAACCAAAACCACAAUGGCCUUGACAGUGUGACCACCACAAACUAACAGAACUGAACGUUUUGCCAGGUUUGACCAGACCAGCUCGUAUUGUUUUUUUAACCACACUACUACUGUACACUAGAAUAUAUCACUGGAUGAAAAGAAAGAGUUUAGACAACAAAAUGUACAAAACGUGGCCUUGGGGGCCUGAGGGCGAAGUUGCCUUGAAAUGGUUCAUUCUGUGCACGAACACAUUAGAGAUUAUUGUUUUAUUUUGUUUGUUUGUUUCAAAGGAUAAGGAAAAAUGGGUGGGAUUUGAAUUGGCCAGCCUAGAAUCAUUUUCUAAAUAUAAACCAUUUGGAUGAGCAAAAGGAUCAAAAAUAAUGGAGGGAACAUGUUUGUUUCACAAUAGAUUUGUACUUUGUUUUUUGGGUUUGAUCAUGUUUGUCAAUUUUUAACUAAAAAGGGAAGCUACAACUGUUUGGGCAUCAGUUGCCCAAGUCCAUUUUCUACAUUGUAAUAUCCAUUAUUUCAUUCAGGCCCAAUUUUAUACGUCCGAUAUUCAUAAAUACAACAGAUGUAAGUAUUACAAACAUAUUUCUCUGAUAUAGUCGCCAAACUGCCAAAAAUACAAUAGUUUACACCACAGAAACUUUUUUACUGUUCAGAAUUUUUACUGUUGUCAAAAAAGCAGCUAUUUGUAGAUCAUGUGACACUUUAUAGAAAAAAAAGCUUCAGAACAGAAAACUGCCCAAACAGCCGUUGUAGCUCGAAGUAAAAGAAGACUUCUUGUGAUUGUCCAGUGAUUACAGUGUAUGUAUUUAUUUUAAUAAUCUGACUGAAUUUAGUGUGAAAUUAAGUCAAGCCUGUUUAAAACAAAAUAAUAAUUGAAACAACUUAAUUGUCAAGGAAUUGUGGCUGUGUGUUAAAACAGACUCAUCUCUCUACCACCCCCCUCCCCACUCACCCAAUCCCAGUUUGCUCAGACUUCCUAGAGCUCGAACUGUGCACAAACAGAGCUACAAUACUGUUUUAAGGGAUUUUGGGGAGGGGGUGGGGUGUUUGAUCUUGUGUGCCUGUUUUAUGAUGCACUCUCUGCCUGCUUAGAAUCUUCUCCUCCCUAAAGGGCUAAUAAAAACAAUAAAUUUUGUGUGAUUUGAAUAAAGCACUGUCUAAAGUUUA